UUACCAUAUUAUCUGGUACUAAUAUUGAAAUGUUAAAUAUACUUUCUUCUCAAGUUGCUGGUAUAAUUUUAUUCAAUGCUCCUAUAUCAGAAGAAACUCAAUUUGAUAUUUUUUGGGGAAGUUUUAUCGGAUUAUUUAUUGGUGAUAUCCCUCGAUUUAUUAUUCAGGUUUGUAAAAAUUUUAACAUUAUUAUAUUAAAACCAUUAUUAAAUUAAAACUAAAAUCCCAUUGAAUUUUAGGUUUUCUACAUAAAGUUAGUUGUUAAUUAUGAUAUAAUUCCUUUUCUUACUCUAUCAACAAGUUCGAUUAUUUUAGC